GAUGCCACCGUGCUCCAACCAAGGAUGACAUACCCGAACGGCGUCGCGCUCAGCGCCGACCGCACGCACCUCGUGGUCGCAUCUACUGGCCCGUGCAAGCUGCUGAGGCACUGGAUCAAAGGGGUCGACGCGGGCAAGUCCGAGCCUUUGGCCGACCUGCCGGGCUACCCAGAUAACGUGAGGCCCGACAGGAAAGGAGGCUACUGGGUGGCGUUGCACCGUGAGAGAAAUGAGUUGCCCUUUGGUCGUGAUAGCCAUCUUCUUGCUGUGAGGGUCGCUGCUGAUGGGAAGAUAGUCGAGGAGAUGAGAGGGCCAAAGAAAGUCAGGCCAACCGAGAUCAUGGAAAGAGAUGACGGCAAACUCUACUUGGGCUCGGUGGAGCUUCCUUAUGUCGGCGUAGUAGAAAGGAAAUAG